CAAAUCUUAUCUAUUAUUUGUGACAUGUAGCAGCAGCAGCAGCAGCAGCCUCAUUAUACAGAAUUUUGAUAAAAGUUAUUUAUUUUUCAUUUAACACAUAUGCCAAUGUUAAUGUAUUUAGUACAAUUUGAAGGCAUCACAGGAUACCCCUUACUUUGCCAAGAAAAAAAAAUAUAUAUUUAUAUAGUAAAGUAGUUUAUAAUCUUUCUUUAUCCCUUAUUUUCUUUAUCAUAUAUAAUCUCCACUUUUUUUUGGUUUCUUUUUUUUUCUUUUUAUAUUCAUAUAUAUUAAAAAAAAACUCCGUUCUAUUGUUCUUGUGUGACCUUCGUUUUAUUAAUCAAUGAUUUUCCAAAGAAAUACCGACUUGUUAUCGAUCCGUAAUUUUUAUAUUACUACUGGUGGUGGAUAUGAGAAAGCAAUAGCUUAUGGCCCUGGUUCAGUUAUAAAUGGGUCAUUAACAAUUACGAAUGAUAAGCCUUUGUCUGCUUAUAAUAUACGUGUCAUAUUUAAAUGCGAAGAAAUCGAUACAUCUAAAAAAGAAAAAAUAACGACUACGCUAUUUUCUAUUGAUAGUGUUAUCUGGGGUAAUUUAAGAGAAGAGAGUCAUCAGCAACCCAAUGAAUUAUCAAAUGGUAGUCAUAUGUACUUAUUUGCUGUUCGAUUACCUCAUGUCAAUUAUCCCCCUUCUAUGCAAAAAUAUCAUUUUGCUCAUCAUCGUAUUAAAUACUCUUUACAAGGCUUCUUAGACUUGACAUCUCUUCCAUCUCCUUAUACAACACCCAUUGUCCCUGUUCUCUAUCUACCUUUUAUUACAAGCCAUGCUAUGCCUUCUAAAAGAAUGACACAACUUUGGCUAUUUCAUCAAAAAGAAGAAAUAAAUAAACGAAUUGGAAUUACUGCAGAAUUAAUCAAACCAGUUUAUUGUCCAGGUGACAUCUGUACUAUCAAAAUGACAACUAAUAAUAAAUCUGGAACAAAAAUUAGUAGUGUUCAAAUUGCAUUCGUGGCCAUCUUAACUACCUCUUCUUCUUCAGUGAAUGAUGAUCAUGUUGAAAUAGUAGAAUAUACUCAUAAAAGACAUACUUUAUUAACUGAAUCAUUUUACGUCUCUAUUCCUAAAUAUGCACAAGAACACCAAGACGUUUUUCAAUUUCAUUUACCUAUUCAAUUAGUGCCUACUUUUACUAAUAAGCUAGGGAAAUUGAUUGAUAUUGCCUAUGAGGUCAAUCUGUCUAUCAUCCCUUAUCAUCAACAAGGUGCUUCUCUUUUAUUUCGUCAUCAUAAUACCGUGGUCGUAACAGAUGAUACGACAGCUACAGAAUCUAAUACUAUUUCUUUACCUAUCAUUAUCGGUACUAUACCCUCUACUUAUCCUCUUUUAGCUCAUCAAGACCCUCCUGUCAUCAUGACUGUAGAUGACGAUGUGAAUGAUUCAACCUUAUUACCUACCUUUAUACCCACUAUUGAUUCUCCUGAAGCAGUUGUAAAUGACUGUUAUCGGGAUUAUUCUGUAUCACCUUCAAAUUCAUUUCAAGUUGCUUCAGGACUACAAGACAUAGAGGAGCUUACUAAUCAUGUUCAACAAGACGCUAGUGGCUAUCUUAUGGUGCCUGAUACAAGACAAUAA